GCGAGAUUAAGAUUAUAUAUAGUAGUGAGGUAGCUCCUCAAUCCUCCAUUCCUCAUCAGUCAUCAUAUACAGAGAGAGAGACAUGGGGAAUGAGAAGAGGAGCUUGGUGGUGGUGGUGCAGCGGUGGUUGAAGCAUGCGAAGCCAUACAUCGGCGUGGUGUUCUUGCAAGUUAGCUACGCCGCCGCUUCUCUGGUUUCAAAGGCAGCACUGAAUCAGGGAAUGAACCAUUACAUUUUUGGUGUUUACCGGAAUCUCAUCGCCGCCGCCGUCUUUGCUCCCUUUGCCGCAGUCUUUGAAAGGAAAAUAAGACCAAGAAUGACCCUCGGCAUCUUCUGGAAGAUAAUGCUACUGGCCUUGUUUGAGCCGGUUAUCGACCAAAACCUGUAUUACGCAGGGAUGAAGUACACAACUGCAUCAUUUGCAGCAGCAAUGUGCAAUCUUCUUCCUGCCAUCACCUUUUUGUUGGCUUGGACAUUCAGGUACAUGCUUCAUACUUCCACAAUCAACUCAAAUCAAUAAUUAGUUUUCAUGUCCAAGCGUAUUAGGGAAUUCAUAAUAAGAAGAUCAUCAAGUUCUUAUUCAUAAUAUAUAGGAUAAUAUAUAGGUCCUGGCGAAUGUUUUAAAUACCGCUAGGCGCUAGCCCGCCUAGCCGGGUGGCAAAGAAAGCCUAAGCCGAUUAGGCUCCGACUAGAGAGUAAUGAUUUUUUCGGCAUCAAGUCAUAUUUGUAUUGUCAUGCACUCAUCAUGUAAUUUGGUAAAGCAAUAUAAGCAACCAAAUAUAUACUCGUGAUUGUUUAUUGGACUUUCCCACAAAAACAGUUUAAUGACCAACUGAAAUAAUUGACAUCAUACAAAAACACUUGAGCGAAAGUUUUAGUUUAAACAAAAGGUUUUUUAGUAAUUAGUAGGCUUUUGUUCUUGAACCUAAACUAAACUGUACUUAACUAAACCUAUAAAUGAUAUCAGAAAUGAUUAACUUAGUUUGAUCAAGUAUGAGCAUUGUGAGAGAAUUUCAGCAUUCAAAAUAGGGAAAACUGUCAAAUAGGUCCUCGAACUUUCAUAAAAAGGUCAAUUAAGUCCUUCUAUAGGAGGUUCUGUCCGGCCGUCGCGAUUUGGGGCAGUUCCCGGUGGAAUUUUUUGAUGAAAUUUUUUGAGCAUCUUAUUCAUCAAGUCUAGUUUACUCAUACCAAACUUCAGCUAAAAAUUUAAUCGGGAACGCAAAAAUUCAAAUUAAUUCGAGAACGCAAAAAUGCGCAGUUAUCUUUAAGAAUUAAUUUGAAUGUGUUCCUGAUUGAAUUUGUAGCUGAAAUUUGGUAUGAGUAAACUAGACUUGGUGAAUAAGAUGCUCAAAAACUUUCAUCAAAAAAAUCCACCGGGAACCGCCCCAAAUCGCGACGACUGGACAGAGUCUCCUAUAGAAGGACUUAAUUGACUUUUUUAUGAAAGUUCGAGGACCUAUUUGACAGUUUUCCCUUCAAAAUAUAUACUCUAGAGUUUAUGAUUCUUUGAGGACUUUUGUCAAACACUUUACUUACAAAGUUUCAACACCGAUUUACCAGCAUGAACUUCUAAUUUAUAUAAAUCCUUCAUAUGCAUAGACAUUCAAAUGAUUAAUCACUAAACUAAUUAUGGUACUGGGUAAUCAUGUUUUGGGACUGUAUAGUACACAACAGACGAUCCUUCCAAUUUCAUAAAAUUACUGAAAAUUUGAUGAAAGACAAUUAACCGGCCGAAUAGAGAUUGAAGUGAUGAAAGAUUACCUCCAAAAAUGCGUUGCCGUUGACCAUGUGUGGUGGUGAAUGAUGAUAGGCUUGAAGAGGUGAACAUCAGGCGGUUGCACAGCCAAAGCAAAAUCAUGGGUACAACGUUAACCAUAGGGGGUGCAAUGAUAAUGACACUUGUAAGAGGGCACAUUAUUGAAUUUCCAUGGACGCUCAAACACCAAAUCCAGCAAUCGGUUAGUGCAACAGCCCCACACCACGAUCAUCAUGUCAAAGGAGCAGCUAUGAUCGCCGCAGGAUGUUUUAGUUGGUCCUGCUUUUACAUUCUUCAGGCAAUCACGUUAAAAUCAUAUCCAGCUGGACUAUCGCUGACAACCCUCAUAUGCACAUUUGGGGCAUUGCAAAAUCUUGUUUUAGCUCUAGUGGUUGAGCGUGAUGAUCAUUCUAUAUGGUCUAUACGGUGGGACAUCAUAUUAGUGGCUUAUAUUUACAAUGGAAUUGUUCGAUCUGGAGUUGUUUAUUAUGUCUCGGGAGUAAUCAUGAAUGAAAUGGGACCAUUUUUUGUUACUGCAUUUAAUCCAGUAGGCAUGAUUAUGGUCGCCAUGAUUGGAUCCUUCAUCUUUCAAGAGCAAUUAGAUUAUGGAAAGGUUUUUGGAGCUCUGACUAUUAUUGUUGGACUAUAUUCAGUGAUAUGGGGAAAGAGUAAAGACAAUAAGGCUUCUUCACAAUCAGUAGAGGAUGAUGAUAUUUUAUCAACUGGUAAUAUAUCUACCAACAAUGAAGAUAUAACCCCGAGCAAGUCUUCAAAUGGAGAGAUAGAAGUUGGAGAUAUUGCCAAAGCACAUUUCGAUGAAGAUGUUGUCUAAUGUUUUAGACAAGUUUUUAAAAAUAAUUUAAGUGUAUAACUGUGCGCAUUUUCAAUUACAUUUUGAUUAUUUUUAGUGUAAAUGCCUAUGUUUUAAAAGCCAAACUAGGGAGCUAGCUGGCAAGGAUAAAUGAUCGGGUCACGUGACAAGUCAGGUUUGGAGAGUCAUCCCGACCAGACCAGCAUUAGAUCUGUCAAAAUCUAGAGUUCUAUUAUAUCCUAAAAGGUCAAUUCUGAUAGGGGAAGUAGUAGCCCAAAAUCUUAUAUAGUGUUUUAUUGUUUUUAUAGCUUUCCGGUUUGGGACAAAUACUCUAAUAACACGCCCCGUCAGCUUGAACCGGGCUGAACAAUAUCGGAAUGUAUAA